AUGCGCAUGCCCCGCACAGGGAAGCCUCGCGAGAGGAAGGAGGAGGCGGCGGCGGGUCCCUGUCUCCAGCCGGAGGUGCCGCCCUGCUGUCCCCCCGUCACCCCCCGUGUCCCCCCGUCCAUCGCGGCCAUGGCCGCACCGCCGGCCUCGCCCGGCCCCCGUGGCCGCUUCGAGCAGGAGCAGGACCGCGCCGUCCGCGCCCUGGUGCGCUGCGUGACCGGCCUGCCCGAGGAGGAGCUGGGCGGAGAGCGCUUCCAGGCGGCGCUCAAUUUCGCCUGGUCCAACUUCAGAUUUCACCGUUUUCUUGAUGUGAACAGUCAUAAAGUAGAGAGGACAAUAGAAGGAAUACAUGAGAAAUUGAUAAUUCAUUCUGACCUUGGAAAAGCUGCAAGCUGGAAAAGACUAACAGAAAAAUUUCUGAACUUGCCACUCCCAAGUCUUGAAGAAACAAAGACAGAGACACACUAUGCUAUACUAUCUCUUCUAUUGUGUUUAUCUGAUUCUCCAUCCAACACCACCUAUGUGGAAAAACCAAGAGUCAAAGAAGUGGAUUCCUUUUUGAAUGAUCUCUGCACAUUCCCUCGGCGGUGUUUUGAAUGCACUUUCAGCCCAUUCCAGGAAUGUGAAUAUGAAGAGGUUAUCUCAAACAACACUAAUUACAAAAAGGAAGAAGAAUUUGAUUGGGGAAAGUAUCUCAUGGAAGGAGAAGAAAUUUACUUUGGUCCAGGUGCAGAUACACCGGAUUGGUCUGGAGAAAGUGAAGAGGAAGAAGACACUCAGCCCUUGAGCAGGGAGGACUCGGGUAUUCAAGUAGACAGGACACCUUUAGAAGACCAAGAUCCAAAUAAGAAAACAGUACCUAAUGUUUCCUGGAAAGUAUAUCAUUAUAAGUGCAUUAAGGGGGAAAAUUACUACUCUCUUUGUUUCUUUUCAAGGCUACUUUCAGGAGUGAAAAAGCUUUUUAUAUUUCAGCUGAAUGAUGGAAAAGUGACUGUGCGGAAUGAUAUUAUUGUAACUCAUUUAACCCACAAUUGCCUGAGAUCUGUAUUGGAGCAGAUAGCAGCAUAUGGUCAAGUUGUGUUUAGACUACAGAAGUUUAUUGAUGAAGUGAUGGGACACAACCCAGAAAGCAUAAUGCAUGGAACAGUUUCCACUCCAAAGAAGACUACUGAAGCCCCAUUCAGAACCUACCAAGCUUUUAUGUGGGCUUUGUAUAAAUAUUUUAUUAGCUUUAAAGAAGAACUUACUGAAAUUGAAAAAUGCAUAAUCAACAAAGAUAAAACAGUCACACUUUCAAUAGUAAUAGAUAAGCUGUCUCCCAGACUGGCCCAGCUGAAGGUACUUCACAAGGUUUUCAGCACAGGCGUAGCGGAAGUGCCACCUGACACCAGAAAUGUUGUACGAGCAUCUCAUCUGCUUAAUACUCUCUACAAAGCUAUUCUUGAGUAUGACAGUGUUGGAGAGGCAUCUGAGCAAACGGUAUCCCUUUUGUUCUCUCUCUGGGUUGAAACUGUGAGGCCAUAUUUACAGACAGUGGAUGAGUGGAUAGUCCAUGGUAAUUUAUUUGAUCCUGCAAAGGAAUUCAUUAUUCAGAGGUAG